AUGAAGCUCAACAUUGCGGCGUCCGCUCUGGCCGCCUCUGGCCUCGCUGCUGCUUCAAACUCUUUUGCAGGAUCCAGCUUGUAUUUCCUUCCUGGACUUUCGGCUUCCGACCAAGCUCAUUACAUCGACACUCUCGCCAGCUAUGGAGCCAAGGUGGUUCGCCUUUGGAUCAACAAGCAUUCGACUGGUUGCGAUAAAGGCAGCAACGUUGUCACGUAUGCUGAUGAUUUCGAAACAACCAUUGGAUCAUACAAUUGGGACAAUCUCGCAAAGGUUGACAAAGUUCUCGCUCAACUUGCUGCAAAGGGAAUGAAAGCCAUCAUCUCUCCCCACGACGGAAAUGUCAUUCAUGACUCCAGCGUCAACACACCCAACGGCUGUGAUGUUUACUGCACCACCUAUAGGACUUCGUUCUAUAGCAACGCGAAUGCCCAGGCUCAAUACGACGCUCGUAUCAAGGCCAUCUUGACCUACAAAUCGCCCAGCAGCGGCCUUCAGUGGGGUAACUGGUCUGAGGCCAUCCUGGCAUUUGACCUGCAGAACGAACCUUUCCAGUUCACCAACGAUGGAGCCAACGGUGAUCCUUCCAACUGGCUCUGUGGCCGAGCCCAAAACUUUAAGAAGUACAUUACGGAUUCCAACAUCAAGGUCGCAACCGGAGGCAUUGGUGGCGACCAGGUCCACGGCCAUAACCUGCUCUCCAAGGCUCUGACUUGCUCGGCCAUCGAUAUCAUUAGCAUCCAUGCUUAUGUCGGCGAUGCGUCUACCUGGGGUUAUCUUCUCCCCGGCUUUGAGUCUACGGCCGCUGCCAACAACAAGCUUCUCCACGUCGAAGAAUGGGGAGUCCAGACAAGUUAUGGUUCGGGCUUCAACGACCAAGCCGCCUCUCUUAAUGCUCAAGGUAUUCCAUGGACUUACUGGCAAAUGAUCCCAGGUAGCGAUGGUACCCAGUCCUGCUCAAGCGGCUGCUGUACUGGCUAUGACGGUUUCGAAGUCAGCUUCACCAGUGGAAAGGGAAACCUCAAGAAUGCCAUUGCUCAGGCCAAUAGCAAGACGACAAAGCAAGACUGGAGCUUUGUUGGAGCGCCCCCGAAUGGAGGCUCUGGCACUCCUCCGCCACCUCCAAGCUCCAGCAGUUCACCACCACCUCCGCCACCUUCAUCCUAUCCCAAGGAUACUUGUACUUGGGGUGCAUCUCAGCCUUGCAACGCGGAUUAUACUUGUGUCAAUGGCAUCUGCCACCACGCUGGUCCUGCAACCGGCAAGAGGGAUUUGUCUGGGACACAGGAUCUGCCUGCUGUCGCGUGGGUUGCAUAA